UACUUGUUUUUUUUUCUUCAAUAACAUUGGUGUCAAGGUGGGAGCGGGUAAACAUUAUGAUUUAAUAUAUAGAUGUUGAACAUUGUGAUUCAUUUUAUUCAUUAUAAACGUUGUUAGUGAAAUUUAUUUAAAUGCUUAUGGUGUAAUUUAAUAAUAAGUUGGAAUGAAAUCAAAAUUUUUUCCGAAUCGGUAAUAACAUAUAAGUGGAGCUUCACAAUAAAAUAAAUACUAAAAUAUCUAGAAUGGUUGCUAGUCUCAAGAUGGACGACAUUCUGAAGGAAGCACUAAGCACUCUCACACUGAUACCAACGGGAAAGAGAGGAGGUGGAUGCAUAAAUGAAGGUGAAGCGUACCUCGUUGAUUCAGGAACAGUAUUCGUGAAACGCAACAAGAAGUCGCAGGCGAGGUUGAUGUUCGACGGGGAGCUCGAAGGCCUGCGGGCCAUCGCGGCCACGCGCACGGUGCGGGUCCCGCAGCCCGUGGCCCUGGUGGACACCCCGCGGGGGGGCGCCGCGCUGGUGCUGGAGUACGUGGACAUGUGCGGGCUGCGGGGGUCCUCCCGGCAGCUGGGCGAGAGCCUGGCCCGCCUCCACCUGCACAACGCGGGGCUGGGCGAGGCCUUCCGGGGCGGGGCGCCGGCGCACGAGGCCCGGUUCGGGUUCCACGUGCCACGUGCUGCUUGCGGCUACCUGCCGCUGGACAACACCUGGAGCGACGACUGGCCCAUGAUAGAAAAAGAUUAUGGUGACAGAGAAGCCCUAGAGCUGUGGUCUGAAUUGCAACUCAAAGUGCCAAGCUUCUUUAAAGACCUUGAAAUAAAACCUGCUCUUCUUCAUGGUGACUUGUGGGGAGGUAACGCGGCCGAGAAUGUCGAAGGACCAGUUAUUUUCGACCCAGCGUCUUUCUACGGGCACCACGAGUUUGAGUUGUCGAUAUCGGCCAUGUUUGGAGGAUUCCCCACCAACUUCUUCAGCGCUUAUCACAAGAUAAUCCCUAAGGCCCCAGGGUUCGACACACGGCAGAAGUUGUAUCAGCUUUUCCACUACUUGAAUCACUGGAAUCACUUUGGGGCGAGCUACAGGGGAUCAACUAUUUCCAUAAUGAAGAGUCUCGUGAAGUGAAGAAAUUCCCUUUGACUUGGAUAGUUGGAUUCCUACUGUAACAGAAUUGUCCGCAAUUGUGUUGAAAAAUAUAAUUUUUUUGUUAAGUGUCGGUGGCCGGCAGCAUUGCAGAAUAUGCAGUACUUAUAAAUAGCUACAGAAGUGCCUCCACAUGUCACUUUUGUUGUUAUGUAUUGUGCAUAGCCACAUUAACUCUAUGCUAUGGGAGGAUUAAAGGAGGAGAUAUAAAAACCAUAAGGCAGUAUCGUGUAUUAAGCAGUUUUUUGGUCAGAACAUUUUUGUAGUUUAUUAUUGUAAAUUUGACAUCUUUAAGGCUAAGUAAGUAAUUUAAAGGAGUACUUGACGUUUAUAAUGGUUGUUUGCAGCAAAUUACAUAGUUUCAUUUAUGAAAUCAUUGGAGUUUCAGAAUGUACAUAAUUAAUUUCUACGAUAACAACUGUAGAAAUAUUAUCAAUAAUCUCUUUUAAAAUCCAGAAACUCUUGUUAAAGUAUGCUCUGCCUUUAUUGUAGCAGUUUUUAAUAUUUAAUGAACAAUACAAAAUGAGUUAUGUUAUGACCUUAUAACAUGUUUUUCUAUCUCACCUCCAUUAUCAGAUUCAAGGAAGUGCACAUAAAGCUUAGUGUGUGAAGUUAGCUUUAUUAUUGUAUUAACUGCAACAUUUAAAGCAAAUGAACCCAGUUUUUUUUACUCUAAAGUUAUAGCUUAUUGUUAUUAUUUUUACUUUAUAAACCCUAGGUUGUGAUAAAGAUGCCUGCCAAGAAUAGUGAACCUUUGAAAAGUCCUAUGUAAUUAUUUGUUUUCGAGUGUAAGAAUUAUUAAUCUGUUAUAUUUGUUUUUGAGUGUAAGAAUUAUUAAUAUUUUAUAUUUGUUUUUGAGUUUGGGAAUUAUUAAUCUGUUAUAACUUAUGACUAGUGAUGGGUCAAAUCGGAAAGAGUACCUCGAAUAUACAGCUCGAAUCCGAAUCUAGGCCUCAAGGGUUAAAAAUAAAAUAAAUAUUCAAGAAAUUAAAAAAUAUUAACUAUGGUGUUGAAACAUUCAACCCUUAAAUGUUUGUUUCACAAACUAAGUUUCUAUAAUCAAAAUAUAAUGCAAUUUUAUUCAUAUGUUAAAAGUACAAUCCCCUGGGGAAUGUAAAUAGGAUAGGUACAAAAAACAAAAAAAAAUUGAAAUAGUAAACUUCAGAGUUUAUCAGUGUUGGAUAUUUUUAGUUCACUUUUUUUCCUCUAAUAUUUUUUUUGGAAUACGUAUUUUUCUUUGAUAUUGAAUCCUUUGAAUACUAAAGAUUUGAUUGGAUUGGGCCAUCCCUACUUAUAACUAUUAAUGUAUUAAUUAAAUCUUACAAGGGGGAAACCAAAAUAAUGGAUUUUUGUUAUAAAAAUUGAUUUAUUAUUAUUUUUUACAAAGCAAGAGGAAAACAAUACUACGAUCAAACAUUAACCUACAAACUGACGCAGUCUCGGCAGCUAUUUAUUGAAGGUAUCUACUAACCCCAUCUAGCGGGAGAACUCUCUACUACGUCUACGAAUGGCAGCAUGCUCACUAUCUUUUUUUUUUUGGUUCCCCCUUGUAUAUGUGUUGCAAUAUUAUGUUGGUUAAAUUUUCUUAAGUAAACUAAAGUGCCUAGUGAGCUGUGCAGGACACUUUAGCGUGUAACUGCACUUCCAUAAUUCUGACCUGUGAUUUUAAGACACUGCAGAAAAUGGUGGCAGUUGUUGUUUGUGUAUACUGUUGGUUUUAUUGUUACAGUUGCAAAGUUGCAAUGCCCUGGAAGGCAAGCAUAUGUGUUCAGUGUUGUGUCUCCAACCUAAAGAGGCUUGAGUGUGAUGUUGGGCGGGCUGUUCCUUACGUUGCACAGUCGCUGAUAAACCAAGCAAUUGUUCGAGCUUUUGCAACAAAAUGUAGUGUGGUCAUUUUGCAGGGGGAGUGGGAAAUAAAUUCCCUGGAUUUUAAGUACUUUUCUGCUGCUGUAUUGGCAGGUUGAAGACUGUAAUCAACUCCAAAACAGCAGAAAUAUUUUCAACAAUGUGUGUUACAUUUGGAAAGUAUUAUUAAAUGCCCUUGAGAAACAGUGGCAGGAUAAAUUUUAAAUAUACUACAUUUGAAUAGAAGUAAUAAUUCAUCUAUAAACCCUUCGGGUAAAGUGAAUUUAUAUUGUUAUGAAUGUACAGUUUUGUUCCAGCAAGUUACGGUAGUUGAUACUUUAUUGUAAUAGUACAGCUUAUUACACUAUUGCUUGUGACAUUAAAUUUAUUGGCAUAUAUAUUUAUGAUUGAGAACUAACUCUUUUAUGGAGGCAUUUUACUUAGCUUACCAGGCAGUAAGCAGCUGGAAGCAGUUGAUGAAUUAUGACAUCUCUUUAAUGUUGUGGGUCUUUUUAUCACUACUAAAUCUGAUGAAAGCCUUAUUACUACAAAUACUUUUUUCUUGCAAAUCACAAAUGUGAUUUUCAAUACUACAUAACAUUACCAAACCUGUUUAACAAUGUGUGGAAGGACAUCAACAUGGUAUACUAACCAGUCAAGAUAUAAUAUCUAAUCAAAAGUAGCACAUUUCCUUUCUCCUUACCUAACAAUAUUUAGUCGCAUAAAACCAUUUAGACAAUAAAUUGUUGUAGAAGUUAAAAGUUUUGAACAUUUUGUGGGAAUUCCAAUUCUAUGUACAAAUUACAAAGAUAGAUUUUUUAAAUAUUGAUACACUUAUACUGUGUUUCUUUGAACGUUUGAACUACUGAAAAGAAUUUAAAAGAUUUCAUGGACGUAUACCAAUGCUGGUUUCAACUGUAGGUCACAGAGAAACCGCAAGAAUGAACAAGAACGAUAAAUGCACAAACACACUCAAAUCCAGCCGUAAUCAGCCAAUGUUUAGUGUUAAACACAUAGACAGCACAGAGAGAAUUCGGUAGAAGGAAUUGGUCGUAAAAAAAUAUCACAGUACAAACAAACAGUGGGCUGAUGAGAGAAUCGUAACAAGAACAGAAAAUACAGACAGUCAACAAUCUUGGACAACGCAGUGACCUACAGACAAACCCAACAAUGAUGCAAAACAGGUAAACUGAGCAAAUAUUCUGAACACAAUGAUGAUGUCAUCAGGCACAGACUGAUCAGUUUGUUUAUGCUUGACUAUGGGAACAUGUCAGUUCCUAAAACAUCACAACCGCUUGUCUUGGUAAGCCUGUGUUCGUCUGUAUCGCUAUCAUCAUCAUUGCAAGAAUCAUUCAAAGAACGUGUUGAAAAGGAUUUAAACAUACACUUCACCAUCAAAAUUAUUAUUUUUUUUUGCAUUUUGAAAAACUUCCGUUUUGUCUGCUUCCACCAAUACCACCAUCUUGAUUUUGGAUCAGAGAAAUUGCUUCGUAAAUGGGUUGCAUGUGCUCAAGCAAUUGCUUGAGUAUUUGCUCUGCUGGAUGACUGUGCAAUGUACCCAGCAUGCACCAGUGCUUAAGCAAUCGCUCGUCAUGGCUGUGCAGCCCGCCUGUAGUGUAUGGUACUUAACUGUUAUGAUGAGUUCUCAAAUGAAUCUUCCACCACUCCAAUUUUCUAAAGGAUAAAUAAACUGCUUAAAAAUGAUGUUGUAUUAAGCAGUAACAUAAUGAUGAUGUGGGGAACACAGCUGUGUAAUUUUUUUUUUUUUUUAAUAUUUUCAUGUUACAUGUGUAAUAUAGGUUUUUACUUGAGCAGAAGUUGUUAAUUUUGAAAGAAAAUUUGUUUUUCCCAAAUGUUUGCAACGCCAGUGAAAAAAAAUGUUAUUCACAAUAAUAUUAAAAUAUGUAGUUAAUUUCAUACAUGAUACAAGAUGUAUUUCAAAGCAAUGGACAGAAUUGGAAAGCAACUUUACGUGUUUUCAUAAUGUAACUUGCCUUUUGGUGCCGCAUGGUGUAUUAAUGUUAAUUUAGUUAAGUCUUGUCUCUAGUUAUAAGUUGUUGAAUUAUGAUUGCUGCCUACAUAACAAACACAGUUUCAAAUGUAUUCAGACAUCUAGUCAGCUGCAGCUUUAUUUUAAAAUGAAAUUAUAGACUGCUUACAGUAUUAGUGGUUAUUCAGAUAUGAUUUUUCUUCUAAUCGAAUAAUGCCAAAAUGUAGUUUACCAAAGUUAACAAGCAUUAGUAUAAACAUCCUGAAUAAAUAAGGUAUUUGCUUAUGAAGUACUCUUUCUUUCUAUGUAGGUUUUAUAAUUUUAGCUAUGGUAUAGGGUGUAGAGGAGUCAAUUUUAUUUUUUCCUGUCGCUUGGUUCUGUUCCUAUUUUACGUGCAGUUUUUUGGCUCUCUAUUAUUAUUAUCAUCAUCAUCAUCAUCAUCAUCAUCAUCUUUUUAAGGUAAAAUGAGUUAUAAACUCUAUAUUGUGUUUUAAAUGAGAGCUGGUUUUAUAGUUAUGUUAUCUUUACUACUGUAAAGAUUUAAUAUAUGUAGUUAUUAUCAUAAACUAUUCUUUAAAUAUACUUUACUUUUAAACAAAUUGAACUUUUGAAACAUACAUAAUAUUGAUAAUUAAUAAAAUAAUUAACAUAUCAGAGUAAACUAUGUUAUACUAGCUGGUAUACCCAUCAGUGGAUUCAAUUUCUUAUAAAAUAUUUCAGAUUUAGCUCUUGUAAGAUUUAAACUAAAUGAUAAUGCAAACAAAAUGUUGAUUUGAAACUUUAAACAAAGGCAGCAGGCAAUCUUUAUUUCUGUCACUUUUGUAGCCAGUGUCGUCAUGCGUUGUUUGUUAAUGAACUUUAAUGGCAGAGAUCAAAGGAACUGUGUUGCUUAUAGGAUAAAAUGUACAGUAUGUUUUAAUUCAUUAUUUAGGCUACCUUCCAUUCCAAGGAUAUAGCAUUUAAAAAGCUUAGAAUAUAUGUAUAAUAUAAACUGAAACAUGUAUACCCUCUUUUAUCGCAUAAUCAUCGCACUCGCGUAAUCGUCGCACCCAUUAUUUUGGGCUUAAAAAUUUGGAUGAAAAAAAACCUCUCGCGUAAACGUCGCAUGAUGUUUUUGGUGCCGCUAUUAGAUUCAGAGCGCUUUGUGUGGUUAUUUUUUCAAUAUAAAACAAUGUAUUUUAAAACAGAAAUCUAAUAUUUAUUAGGACAUUACCUCUUACUUAUUUAAUUAACGGAAAUAUGGAGUUGUCUGAUGUGUAAAUUUUCUUUUAAAAACGUUUUUAAACGUUAUAACGUUCAUCUUUUUGUUUGCGUCGCCACGGUAUACCGCUUACAAAAAUGUAGCCAGCGCUCAUUGCAAUCAUUAAUGUUUGGUUAUGUUGCUUCCCGUAUAGAGUGCGCACACGUAGCCCAAUAUCAAUAUUUCGCCAAGUGCAUAAAGUGCACACUUUCUGUUGAGUGCCGAGUUAACUGCAUCUGAUAGCCCGCACUCUUUCGUGGUGUGUAUACGGCGAUAGUUACGCGUUCGUUCGGCUUGCAUUUGGAUCACAGAUUUUAUUUUUCUAUUUGAAUUUGAAAAGUUUUUGUUGAAUGACUUAUUAAUAUAAAUUGUUUGGCGUGCUCUUUUAUACUUCACGUUUUAAAUAAAUGUACUUUCCAAAAAUUGUUUUUUUUAUGAAUAACCUUACCUAACAAAACAAAUUUUUUCCGCACAAUCGUCGCACCCCAACUUUUCAAACCUGAUUUUAGAUUUAAAAGUGCUACGAUUAUGCGAGAAAACACUGUAUAAUAGUGACCUUUAAUAUAUGAUUAAUUUAAAUGGCCUAUUAUUAGCAAAACUGAUUUUUCCAUAUCAUUAAGAAUUGUUCAAUGUUUUAUUUUUAUAACUCUCAAUAAAUACUGUAUGUUAAUUUUUUUUGCAGAGUAUGUAUGUAGUUAUUGGACAGGUUAUUCUGCGAGAAGUUUUGCUAUUUAAACCGUAGUUGGAACCAAAAUCCACAAAUGCCAUGAAUGUAUGUACAUAUGUAUUUUGGAAAUACUUAUGUACGUAAUGUAAAAAUUUUGAAAAAAAAAAUUUGUAUUUUUAUAUGGUGCAUAGAUUGUAAUCUGUAAAUGUUACAUUUUUAAUACAAAGUUUAAUGCUAUUGA